UGGAUAAAGAAGAUUUUCAAUAAAGCUAUAUUUUUCUUUCUAGAUAGCCUUUGAGCAGUUUAUCAUGAUAAAAAUAUUUGCUAUAUUUACAAUCUAAUCGGAUUUUAUAUGCAUUUUUCAAACAUAAAUAGUUGUAAUUUAUAUAAACGUUUCAGAUAAAAAUAUCGAGAUCAAUAAUUUAUACGCUGUAAAGGAACAGUAUUCGCGUAUAAUUAUCGGAGCGAAUCAACUGUAAAAUAAGGAUAUGCUACUUUAGAAACGAAAUUUAACUUAAAGGUGAUCUGACUAGAAAGGGGAAAUGGAAUAUAUUAAACAACUGUGGCUAAAAAUCUAUUAAGUCAACUGUACUUUACCUAGUCAAGUUUUACGAUCGACUGUUCGCAUAUCAUUAAUCAUUCGAUAGAAAGUGAAGCAGAAAAUCCACCAAGCGCAGUAUCAAGUCUGCUUUUAUUGGUACUAUACAAAGGUUCAUUUGGUGCAGCGUAAGAUUUAACUUGUCCUUUCGGUCAAUGGAGAUAGCUUACUGCAUCUUUAGCAUUAAAAGAAGAAGAAACUUAAGACCGAGAUGUAAAAUCCUCUUAACGUGCGGUGCAUUGGUUUACAGAAGUGAAUGGAUAGCAAAAUCUCAUCAGAGGCAGCUGGCGCCUAACGCCUAGCGUGCUCCCACUAGCUGUUCGGAUGUGCCAUUUCACUGUAGCUCUGUCAGAGUUAGAGAGUGCUGGACAGUUCGACUAGACACAACGGACAACCAUUGACUGACAUCUGUUAAUAAUUGGCCACAGGCAAUUCGACACUGGGUUGCUGUCAGGGGCGUAACUAUGGUGAGUCCGUUAUUGAUGGCUGCAUCGUCGGGCUGAAGCCACUGCGCCUAGUAAGGGGGUGAGUAAGCAGUGGCAGUCGGUGGUACUCUCGCUCUAAACAGUUGCUCGUUUCUGACCCUCGUGACUGUUCGCUUGGACUUCUGCCUCUACAACAACUAGGAAUAAUUAUGUGACGUUGAUGUGACAUACCUCACGCCAUGAUACCUUGGUGGUGGAAAUAUAUAAUUUUCAUUUUUCUCUGGAUUACUUCAGCUUUUUCUGCAAAUCAUGAUAGGGUGGGUCCUUCUUUUGUUAUGGAACCAGCCAGCAGAAUAGAUUUUCUUAACUCCACCGGCACCGUAAUACCAUGUACCGCUCGUGGUAUUCCAACACCUUCAAUAAGUUGGAUGAAAAAGGAUGGUUCUUCUGUGGGAGAUAUACCUGGAUUGAGACAUAUAAGACCAGAUGGAUCUCUGGUGUUCUCACCUUUUCCUGCCGAGGAUUAUAGGCAAGACGUCCAUUCAGCUGUCUACAGGUGUGUGGCAAGCAAUGUUGCUGGGACAAUCGGAAGUAGGGAUGUUAUUGUCAGAGCAGCUGUCAAACAAUAUUACGAAGCACAAGUUUAUGAUGUAUUCGUUACUAGAGGAAAUACUGCAGUGCUACAAUGUCACAUUCCAAGUUUUGUAAAAGAAUAUGUUUCGGUUACGUCUUGGAUUAGGGAUGACGGAUUGAUUAUACAAUCAGAUACUACAUCAGAUGGUAGAUAUAGUGUCUUCCAAACUGGAGAACUGCAUAUUCGACAUGUUGAACCAACCACUGAUGGCCGGAGAAAAUAUUACUGCCAAACAAUACACAGAAUUAGUGGUGAAGUUAAAAGAAGUAGUUCUUUUGGACAACUAGUCGUUACAGAUCCACAUAGCAACUUUCCACCAAGAAUAAUAAACAGAAAACCUAGUGUGAUUAUCAGACAAGGAGAAACAGUUGAACUUCCCUGUGCUGCAGAAGGUUAUCCCUUACCAACAAUUACUUGGUAUAAAGAACAAGGUUCGCAAUCAACUCCAAUUCAGACCAAUCAAAGAUAUCUCCAGUUGGGAGGAACUUUGGUUAUACAAAAAACAGUUAUACAAGAUAGUGGAAAAUAUGCUUGUUUUGUUAACAAUACAGUUGGACAAGAAAAAAUUGAAACUGAUCUAUUAGUCACAGCUCCAAUUGCUGUUUCUGUCAAUCCAAAACUUGUUACUGCUGUUGAAGGAGAUGUUGUUACACUCAACUGUUCAAUAUCUGGAUAUCCAGUACAGUCUCUUAUGUGGAUGAAAAAUUUAGAGCCUGUAGUAUCAAAUAGUAGAAUUCAAUACUUAUCAAAAGAUGUACUUCAGAUAAAUUCUGUUAUUAGAGAAGACAAAGGAAUGUAUCAGUGUUUUGCAUAUAACGAUCAAAUAUCAUCUCAAGGAGCAGCAGAAUUAACACUUGGAGAUGAUCCUCCAGUUUUCUCAUAUACAUUCCAAGAACAAACACUUCAACCUGGACCAUUUGUUUCUCUGAAAUGUGCUGCAACUGGAACACCUUUGCCACAAAUUACAUGGACUUUAGAUGGUUUUCCUAUUAGUGAAAAUAUGAGAAUUCGUGUAGGUGACUUUGUUAACAAUGAUGGCUAUGUUAAUAGUUUUGUUAAUAUAACUUCUCUCAAAUCAGAAGAUAGUGGAAAAUAUUCUUGCCAUGCAAGUAAUGAAGUUGCAACUGUGUCUUAUUCUGCUAAAUUAAAUGUAUUUGGUCCACCAUUUAUUAGACAAAUGAAAAAUAUUACAGUUUUAUCUGGAAAUACUUUAUCUAUCAGAUGUCCUGUUGCUGGUUAUCCAAUUGAAAAAAUAAUGUGGGAAAAAGGAAAAACAAAAUUGCCUCAGAAUCGAAGGCAAACAUCACAUCCAAAUGGUACUCUAGUCAUUCAAAAUGUAGAUAGAUCGAGUGAUCAAGGCUGGUAUCGAUGCUCUGCAGCAAAUUCAAGAGGAGAGAGUGCAGUUAGAGAAGUAUAUGUAAAAGUACUUAUUGCUCCAGUAAUUAGUCCAUUUUAUUUUUCAUCAAAUAUACGAGAUGGCAUGAGGAGUACAAUUACUUGUGCAGUUGCUGAGGGAGAUUCUCCAAUCACAAUAAAAUGGUUGAAGAAUGGUCAUAUGCUAUCAGAUAACUCUAAUGUGAAAAUUGAUUCUAAUAAUGAAUUUUUAUCUAUUCUUUUUAUAAAACGAGUUACAUAUAAUGAUAAUGGAAAUUAUACAUGUGUUGCUUCUAACGAUGCUGCUACAACAAAUUAUACUGCAACCAUGGUAGUUAAUGUACCUCCACUAUGGAAAAUCAAACCUGUAGAUAAAUCAGUUACCGUAAGUGAUAGCAUAGUAAUUGAUUGUCAAGCUGAAGGAUUUCCUGAACCACGUAUUUGGUGGGAAAAAUCUUCUGGUUCUUCACCAGGAGAUUAUCAAACUAUAAUCAGUAAUUCACAUAUUCAUACUUUGGAAAAUGGUUCAUUAAUGAUUAAAGAAAUUGAACAAGCUGAUGCUGGAUUUUAUUUAUGUCAAGCUACAAAUGGAAUAGGAACUGGCUUAAGUAAAGUAGUAGAAUUAACUGUUCAUGUUGCAGCUUAUUUUAAAGCAAAAUUCAGUGCAUUAACACUAAAAAAAGGAGAUAAUGCUCAACUUCAAUGUCAAGCUUUUGGAGAGUUGCCAAUAACUAUCACAUGGAGCAAAGAUAGACAGUCAUUUGAACAUCCUUCAGAUCCUAGGUAUGAAAUACAACAAAUGGAAGAAGAAGAUAAUAUUCUGUCAACAUUAAUUAUAAAAUCUAUAGACCGUAGAGAUUCUGCCUUGUUUACGUGUUUAGCAGUUAACGCAUAUGGACAAGAUGAUACAAAUAUACAAUUGAUAAUUCAAGAACCUCCUGACAGUCCUACUAACAUCCUUGCAUCAGAAAUUAGCAGUCGAUCUAUAACAGUUCGUUGGACACAACCUUAUACAGGAAAUAGUGCAAUAACAGCAUACAAAAUACAAUAUAAAGCGGCAUCAGAUAGUUGGGAGACAGCUGAACGAACAACAUCAUUAUCUGGCAGAGAAACUACAGGGAUGAUAAGAGGGUUACGACCAGUAACAAAUUAUCAUAUUAGAGUGUUGGCUGAAAAUGCUUUAGGUUGGAGUGAACCAAGUCAAGUAGUUCAUAUUACAACAAUGGAAGAAACACCUGAAGGUCCUCCACUUGGAGUGAGAGCUGUUCCAAUUGCAUCUCAAUCUAUUCGUGUGACAUGGCAACCUCCAAGAAAAGAAAUGAGGAAUGGCAUCAUCAGAGGAUAUUAUGUGGCAUAUAAAGUGUAUGGAUCAGAUGAUGCAUAUGUUUAUAAAACACUUGAAGUACAAGAUAAUUCUAAAGAAGAAGUUAUUCUUACAAAUCUUAAAAGAGCUACAAAGUACAGCAUAAUUGUACAAGCAUAUAAUUCUAAAGGCAAUAGUCCUCCAUCUGAAGAACUUAUUUUAGAAACAUUACAAAGUGAUCCUCCCAUUUCUCCAACAUUAAUGUUGGUUUCCACAACAGCAACAUCUAUUCAUUUGAAAUGGAAUUAUUCUGAUAAAGAAGAUAGUCCUGUAACAGGAUAUUUUCUCUAUCAUAUGAAACAGCAUGGAACUUGGGAAGAAAGACAAGUUCCUAGUCAUCAAACAACUUACACAUUUCAUGAUUUAUCUUGUGGAACUCAUCAUCAGUUUUAUAUUAUUGCAUUUAACACUGUUGGUAAAGGAAAACCAAGUGAUGUCAUUGGAAUUAAAACACAAGGGUCUGUGCCGAUUGCACCGACAAAAGAUGCCUUGUUUACUAUUAAUGCAACAGCUGUUGUUCUUCAUUUAAACACAUGGCAUAGUGUGGGAUGCCCCAUUAAUUUUUUUGUUGUACAAUACAAAGCCCAUAUGCAGGCAGAAUGGAUUUUACUUUCUAAUAAUAUUGUUCCAGAACAAAAAGUAUCAAUUAUCUCAGAUCUCAGCCCAGGUACUUGGUACACUUUAUUGAUGACUGCACAUAGUGAUGCUGGAGCAACUGAAGCAGAAUACAUUUUUUCUACAUUGACAUUGAGUGGUGCAACAAUUCCCCCAUUAUCAAGUACAGAUGAUAGAAGACCUACAUUUUAUAAAAGCUUGAGUAUAAUGGUUCCCAGUGCUUGUGCUCUUGUUGUCCUGAUUGUUAUUUUAAUUGUUGCUUGUGUUGUUGUAAGAAAAAGACGUCAGUUAGAUAACAUACCAAGAAGAGACUCAAGACUACGUGAAGAGAAAGGAAUGGAGGGAAUGAGCAUGUCUGUCCUUGAUAGAAAACAUACUGGCAGUACAGGAAGUGGUAGUCCAACAAAAGAUCAGUUAUAUUAUCCAUCCCCAUAUGCAAUGAGUAGAGUGCCAAUGUAUCAUAAACAACAUUCUCCUGAUUCAGAAGGUGGACCAAGUCUACAGAGAACAUUAGGACGACACGAACACAUUUAUGAUGUGCCAUAUCCUCCAAAAUGGGAAGAAGAUGAUGAUGCUUAUUCUCAUAUCAUGGAAACAUCGUCUGUGCCUCUACAUACAGGAACAAAUUUAUAUCAAACACCUCGUAAGUUCUACAGUAUAUAA